AUGGAAGUUAAGAAUAAGUAUAAACGUUUACAAGCAUCGGGGGAUGGGGGAGAAGUACCUGCUUCUCAUAUACCAAGGAGAAUAAGUAGAAGUUUGGGAGAUAGUGGAGAUUUGGAUCGAUGUGGUGAGCAGGAUUCAUUGGAUAGUUUGAAACAUUUAGAUAAAAUACAAUAUGAAUUAGGUAAGCUUUAUUCAGAUAAAAGGAUUACUAUAGCGAUAAAUAAUAAGUUGCAGGAUCUUUUUGGUGAAGUUUCUAGUUUAGUUCAGAUGUUAGUUUUGGAAAACUAUCGGUUAAAAGGUAAAUUAGAGGAGUUGGAAACUAAUAAUGUAAGUGAAUAUAAAUUAAUGGAUACUUUUGCAGAAAAAGUUAAAUCUAAGGUAAAUGAAACUACAGGAAGAAUUAAGGAUAACAAAUCAAUAAUUAUUAGAGGAAAAAAUGAACUUUCUAGUGAUGAGGUUAAACGUCGGUUUUUUACAUCGAUGGAUCCGAGAAAUGAUAAGAUUAGAAUAGUUGGUGUGAGAAAGUUACGAACAAAUGGUUUAAUGGUAAAUUUGGCGGCGGAUAAAGAUAGAGAUAAGAUUUUGAAUCUUAAGGUUUUAGAUGAUGCUGGUUUGGAUGUGCAAGUUCCAAUUCGAAAAAAGCCUCGUAUGAUAUUAUUAGGAGUUCCAAAGGAAAUAACAGCUGAAGAUUUAAUACAAGUUAUUUAUAGUUUAAAUUCGGAUUAUUUAUUUAACGAUAAAACUGAUUAUGAAGAGUUUAAAUUACAAUUUAAAUUAUUAUAUCAAACAGGUAGACGUAGAGAAUUUUUAACAAAUUGGGUGGUGGAAGUUGCUCCUUCUUUGCGAUAUAAAUUAUUAGAAAUAAAUAGGUUGUUUAUUGAAUAUAGGAGUUGUUAUAUUAAGGAUUAUUAUGAAAUUCCCAAGUGUUUUAAAUGCCAAUUAUUUGGUCACGUAGCUAAAUUUUGUCGAAAUGAUAAAGAUGUUUGCUUUAAAUGUGGUGUAGUGGGUCAUAGAUCUAGAGAUUGCACUAAGCAGAUUCAAAAGAUUUGCAUACCGUGUAGACAGAUGAAAAAAUCGUGUUCUCAUAUAUCUCGUAGUGGAGACUGUUUUUCUUAUCAAAUAGCUAUAUCUAGGUACAAACAAUUAAUAGAUUAUGGUUAA